GUCUACAUUUCGAAACCGAGCGCUUCUGGAUCGGAUCCACCGCGUCCAAAGCCCAAAAGCGAAACCCACGCCCUCCGAAAGGGGCAAACCGUCGGAACCCUAGAUCCGUCGCGCCUGGUCGCCCCCAGCUCCAAAACCCUAGAUCCCGCCAUGCACCACCCGAGGGCCCGGUACCCGCCCGGCUACGACUACGGCGGCGGUGGCGGCGGCCGCGGCGGUAACGGCGGCGGCGGAGGCGGUGGAGGAGGUGGCGGCGGGAACCAAAACUACUACGGCGGCCGAAACCCGCAUCCCCAGCACCACGAUUACCAGCAGCAGCAGCCGCACGCGCAGAGGAACUCGUUCCCGCAGCAGCAGCAGCAGCAGCACGCGCAGAGGAACUCGUUCUCGCAGCAACAGCAGCAGCAGCAUCAGCAACAACAGCAUCAGCAGUGGCUGCGGCGGGACCAGGCCGCGGCCCAGGCGUCAGGAGAGGGUGCGGCCAGGACGGUGGCGCGACUCGGCGCGGUGGACACGAGCUCUCAAGAUUGGAAGGCACAGUUGAAUAUUCCAGCUCCAGAUACUCGUUUUAGGACAGAGGAUGUUACUGCAACGAAAGGCAACGAGUUUGAAGAUUAUUUUUUGAAACGUGAGCUACUUAUGGGAAUAUAUGAGAAGGGAUUUGAAAGGCCAUCUCCUAUUCAAGAAGAAAGCAUUCCAAUUGCUCUAACUGGAAGUGAUAUUCUUGCAAGAGCGAAAAACGGCACCGGGAAGACCGCUGCAUUUUGCAUUCCAGCACUCGAAAAGAUUGACCCAGAGAAAAAUGCCAUACAAGUUGUUAUACUGGUACCAACAAGGGAACUAGCUCUGCAGACUUCACAAGUUUGCAAAGAGCUUGGAAAAUACCUGAAUAUUGAAGUUAUGGUUAGUACUGGAGGAACCAGCUUGAAGGACGACAUUAUGCGUUUGUACCAACCUGUUCAUUUACUCGCCGGGACACCUGGCCGUAUACUAGAUCUUACCAAGAAGGGCAUUUGUAUGCUGAACGAAUGUUCAAUGCUCAUCAUGGACGAGGCAGACAAGCUGUUAGCUCCUGAGUUUCAGCCUUCCGUGGAGCAACUCAUUCGUUACCUUCCAGCUAGUCGGCAACUAUUGCUGUUUUCUGCAACCUUUCCUGUAACUGUCAAGGAUUUUAAGCAGAAAUACCUACCUAGACCCUAUGUUAUUAAUCUGAUGGAUGAACUAACACUGAAAGGGAUCACACAAUACUAUGCCUUCGUAGAAGAAAGGCAAAAGGUUCAUUGUCUGAACACGCUUUUCUCAAAGCUUCAAAUAAAUCAGUCUAUUAUAUUCUGCAACUCUGUUAAUAGAGUUGAGCUACUGGCAAAGAAAAUCACUGAACUUGGCUAUUCGUGCUUCUACAUUCAUGCUAAAAUGUUGCAAGACCACCGAAACCGGGUGUUUCAUGAUUUUCGGAAUGGUGCUUGCAGAAACCUUGUUUGCACAGAUCUUUUUACCAGAGGAAUUGACAUUCAAGCUGUUAAUGUUGUCAUUAAUUUUGACUUCCCCAAGACUGCUGAAACAUAUUUGCAUAGGGUUGGUCGUUCUGGAAGAUUUGGACACCUUGGUUUGGCGGUGAACUUAAUCACUUAUGAGGACCGUUUCAACAUGUAUAGGAUUGAGCAAGAACUUGGGACAGAAAUAAAAACAAUACCUCCACAGAUUGACCUGGCGGAGUAUUGCCAAUGAUCAGUUUAACAGUUUUAGAAGCAUAUCUUUUAUGAAAACAUCAUUAGGCAAAUAUACCAGAUGUACAUAGCACCUCAUCAAGGUUUUAUUUGGUGCCUUGGUGAUGCAUCCAAGCUUCUAUUUCCAUCAGUGGAGCGAGUGUUCUCUGCUGGCACCGGUGCUAAUCAUUCGACUGUGGAGAUGCACAUUCGGCUGCUUUGAGAUUCAGAACUAUUGGCAACCCAAACAUUAUUUCUUGCUGCAUGCAUCUGCCCAGGAUUGCCUUGCAUUUGUUUUCUAGUUUCUGUUCUGGUUGUGUCAUGCUGGGAUUCUGUUGCUUGAGAUUGUACCAUCAUAUUGCGGCAUUUUUCUUGUUUUACUUUACUUCAUUCUGUUCGUACAAAUAGCUAUAUUUCCUGUACUUGAUUCCUUUCGUGUUACUUUCGGCCGUUCUUUGUGUAGACCAUUAACCUCAAUUAUUUUCCUUGUAUCCUCAAUAUUUGUCUUC